GUUUAACACAGCAAGAGAAGUGCACAGAGGAGUUAAAGGACUUCUGUUUCUGUAGCGUGAAAACUCCAGCUUCUUACACGAGCUCAUCAUUAAGGUGCAAGCUGUGUAUUUGCACAACUCUGAGGCAACAUGUCUACUCCAGGUUAUCCAUCGCCAAACCAGCCUCCAUACCCCUAUGGUUAUGGAAACCCCGGCCAGGGUCCACCACCUGCAGGAUUUAAUUUUGGCAACCCGCAGGGUCCAGGUCAACCAGUCAUGUACCAGCCAGGCCCAGUUAGUUUACCACAGCAACCAGACCAAAUGUCAAUGCAUGCUUAUGGAGGUCCUUCCACAGCAGCUGUAGCAGUGCCUCUGUCAGUGCCUGUAGGAGUGCCAUCUGGUCUGGAGUAUCUAACACAGAUUGACCAGAUCCUGAUUCAUCAGAAAGUGGAGCUGCUGGAAGCAAUCAUUGGCUUUGAGACUAACAAUCAAUAUGAGAUCAAGAACAGCCUGGGCCAGAAGAUUUACAAGGCCAAGGAGAAGAAUGACUGCUGCACACGGUUAUGCUGUGGUGCGCUCAGGAGCUUUGACAUGAAAAUCAAAGACGCCUCGGACCGUGAGGUCAUACGUCUGAUUCGGCCUUAUCGUUGCGCGUCCUGCUGGUUCCCCUGCUGCUUGCAAGAGAUGGAAGUUCAAGCACCUCCUGGCACCACCAUAGGCUAUGUUUCUCAAGACUGGCACCCUUGUUACCCGAAGUUCUCCAUUAAAGGGGCCAACAAAGAAACUCUGAUGAAACUGGAUGGGCCCUGCUUAGCCUGUAACUGCUGUGGGGAUGUCAACUUUGAGCUGAAAACCAAGGAUGGAGGAACACCCAUCGGUCGAGUCAGUAAGCAGUGGAGUGGACUAUUAAAGGAGGCGUUUACUGACGCAGACAACUUUGGUAUCCAGUUUCCCAUGGAUCUGGAUGUUAAAAUGAAAGCUGUGCUGAUGGGAGCAUGCUUCCUCAUUGAUUUCAUGUUCUUUGAGAAAGUUGGAGACUCAAACCAACGCAACACUGUCUUCUCUUAGAAACCUACAGCAUGACUCGGUCAAAACAUGUACUCCUCCUCUCAUGACUCCGCAACUAUAUCUGACACUCACAUUAGUUCAUCAGUUUCUACUUCAAUUUGAAUCUCAUGCAAAAUGUGCCUUUAAGAGGGAGAUUCCAUUCUGUUCUCUCCUUUGAUAUCUAACAUCCAACCUACAGGAAGCUGAAGUAAAGGUUUGUGUCAUAGCAAGGUGUUCAACAAACUAGUCUUUCAGGUUCAUUCAGAUAUUUGCUUCAAAUUCACUUACUCAACACUUUCAGAUAAUUUCUUUGUCAUUUUGUUCAUGUUAAUUUGUUAACACUACUUUGUAUUUGUCCUCUGCAUGUAAACGUUUGUGAUUAAAUACAUUGUGUAAUUUGUAUACAUCUACAGAAAUCAUCUUAUGUUUUAGUUUGUACUUUAGGCUAUCUGAUUUGUAUUUUGAUAACAGCAUUUUCUGAGUAAGACUUUCUGUGCUACCUCCUAUCAACCCGAAGAUGCCAAGUUUUUUUCAAGUGUAUUAUUUGUACAAUCAGACAAAUCCUAUUUUUAAAUAUAUCUUUUCUCUUCAUAUGUUUUCCUGAAAUUGCAGAUUUAUGUAUGUAUUCAUCAAACUUAUCAUGUACUGCCAUCUGUGGAAAAUGUGAGAGGUAGGGGAGGAUUCCACCAUCGGAAACCUUUCCCCAUUCUCAGUGGUGUAUGACAACAUUGCUAAAGAACUCGCACUGUUUCUGUUGUGUGUGGGGGGGGAAAUGGCAAACCUCUUCGGACUUCCACAUCAUACCCAUGUGUUUAAAGUAAUGAGGAACAGAGGUUGUUUUGGAAAUAGUACAGCUUUGUGUGGUUCUGGCCGCUUGGUGUGGCUUUUUAAUGUGGACUUGGCAGGAAUUUCACGUUUAUGUUGCUAUGGAUUAGUAAAAUGCUGCCAAAAACACACAGAAAAUCCAUUUGACAUGUGAAAAGUGAUAAAUGCAGUUUUUAUUUGAUAUUAAUCAGAAUACAUUAAUCUGCAUUCGGAAAAGUAACUAUUAGACUAACUUCAGAAAUGUUGGAAUAAUGUGUGCUGGACUGGUGCUCUUUGUAUUUCUGGAACAAAGUGGUUACUAAACAUGUAGUCUCAUGUAAUCUCUUAUAAGAUAAAAUUUUUGGAAAAAUUGUAUGUGGCUUAACAAAUUACUGGUUACACAAGAUUCAUCAGUUCACAAGUUUAAUGCCAAACACAGUCAUGGACAAUUUCAUAUCUCCAGUUCACCUCACUUGCAUGUCUGGUCUGUGGGAAGAAAACUGGAGCUCCCGGAGGAAACCCACUCAGACUCAUGGAGAACAUGUGGCAAACGCCACACAAAAAGGUCCCGGACCGCUCCACUUGGGAAUCAAACCCAGGACCUUCUUGCUGUGAGCCACUGUGCUGCCCCAAAGUCUUAUAAAGACAAAAAAGAAAUACAAUAAAAUAAAACUAUGCCUCCCAAAAUGAUGCACUGUUAUCCCAUAUGAAGAAUACUAAAGUAAAGCAGUGCUCUGAAACACAUCUGAGUGUUUCAUAUUUCUAAAGCAUUAAUUUUGAAAGAUGACACUGGAUUUUGCAUGUAAUUGAUUUAACAUUUCCAGUGUUAAACAAGCUGUGCUUGAUUUCGAUGCUGUUAAUAGCUAACUUUUGCAACUAUUUUUCCUCAAGUUAAUCUUGGACUUAAAUUUAAUGGUUAUGGACCACCUCAUGAGACUACUUAAAUAAAUUUGUCAUCGGUGCAAUAAAGAGUGGGGGAUUGUUGGGCAGUAUGAUCCCAGAUUCUAUUCUUACCAUUGGUUACUGCCCAACUGGAACUUUAGAAUGUUCUUCUAUGUUGAUUUUGGUGUCCUCCCAAAAACAUGACCGUAGUUGGAUUGGCUACUCAGUAUUGGCAAUAGGUUUAAGUGCCAAUGGGUAAUUGUAUGCACACUGUCCAGGUUUUAGUCUUGCACUUUGUUCCUUAAACAGGCCCAGGGUGAUUAAUUACCCUGUGUUAACAAAGUUGCCUUAAAUGUUUCAAUUCUUUAAAAUUGGAGUUUUGAAUGCUGCAGGAAAAAAUAUUAAGUAUCAAAAAAAGUCAAAAAAUCAAAAAAAGUUUACUAAUGCUUGAGCAUGUGUAAUUAAUGUAUGUAUAAACUAUAAUAAUAACUGACAUAUACUUGUAGUACUAAGGCUGUAGAAGUAUCUGUAUCAGGUUAAAUUAAAGCCGGGCUAUAUGGCGAA